AUGGACCCUGAUGUUCCCAACUCCCAGGAGCAGGAACAGGAAAAGCAACGCAUCCACCAGGAACUAGACCACCUGAAGGCUGGUCUAGACAACCUGUGCCGCCCCUGCCCCUGGGACUGGACCCUCUUCCAAGGAAACUGUUACUUCUUCUCCACAUUCCAACUGCCCUGGAAGGACGCUGUCAAUGCUUGCGAGGAAGUAGGGGCCCAACUUGUUGUCAUCAAGAGUGAUGAGGAGCAGGGCUUCCUGAAGCAGACCUCUAAGAAGAAAGGCUAUGCCUGGAUGGGGCUGUCAGACAUGAAACAGGAAGGCCAAUGGCUGUGGGUGGAUGGUUCACCGCUGAAAUGGAGGAAAUAUUGGGCUCCAAAGGAGCCCAAUAACCUGGUUGACGAGGACUGUGCAGACUUUUCAGAUAAUGGAUGGAAUGAUAACUUAUGUUCCUUGGAGAAAUUGUGGAUCUGCAAGAAGCCUGCAUCUCAUUGUUCUAGGUGAAAUCUAUCCAUCUCAUGGUCAC